AUGGCGCUGCCAACCUCUUGCGCGGGGCGCCCCGUCUGGAACGGCAUCGACUGGGACGUCUGCUUUCAUCAGCAAGUGCUCAACACCUUCAUCCCACUGUCGCUCGUCCUCCUUUCGAUUUUGGCUCUCGCUGUUCAUCGCGUACGAAGGCGCCGCGCGCUCAAAGUCUCGGUGCAGCACGUCGCCGCCCUCGACCCAAGCGCAUCCUCCUUCUCCGCCGUUCUCAACGCACAGGCCUCCUCCCUACCUUCCAACCGUACCUCUACCCCGCCGCAAAAGUCUUGGACGCAGCUGCCCCGUCGCCUCUUGAGCAUCCUGCUCCCUUGGAACUCCUCUCGCAUCCUCAGGAGCAGCAGCAUCUCCUCGGCACACUCCCAACCGCGACCCAUCUCCAAGUCGGACCCCGCCGCAGCCGCCUCCCAGGCUGCUCUCGAGGUAUUCCACACCGAGAAUGCCGUCAUUCUCAACGAGGUCCAUCUCACCCCACCAACCGCGCGCGAUCCAGCCGUAGUCGACCACCUCCGCCACCUCGAGCUUCUCCGUCGCAUCAUCGACGUGUUCGGCGCCAUCCUCCUCGCCGCCCUCCACGCCGGCGACUGGGCCACCGGCCGGCACUCUAGGAGCUACCAGAUCUCCUGGGCCGCCAUGUGGUUCUACCUCGCCUGCAUCUCGGCCUACUCGCUCGCAUCCAAGCACUCCUUCUUCUCCCACAAGGCCGCCCUCAUGGCCGUGUACGUCGCCGUCUCCCUCUUCAACCUCCGCACCGCCCUGCUCAACUACAACGCAAACCCUCGCCUCCACUCCCGUGGCGCCCUCAUCCUCACCGCCAUCGAGCUCGGCGUCGGCAUCCUCGUGCUCAUCCCCACCCUCUUCUUCCCGCUCCAGUCCGUCCUGCCCAGGGACCUCCGCGCCAUCUACACGACCAUGUCGCCAGAGACCCAGCACGGCGUUCCCGGAACCGCAUUCCCUUCGCCUCGUCUCGCUACUGCAGACGGACUCGCCCCUCCGCCUCAGCCAACACGCGCAGACGACGCCGCCAACCCGGACCUCAUCCCGGCGCCAGAAGAGACCGCCUCCCUCAUCUCCCGCGCCACCUUUGGAUUCGUCACGCCGGCCAUCGUCAAGCACUACAAGGUGCAGUUCUCCCUCGGCGCCAUCCCAGACCUUCCCGUCGCAGACAAGGCCGCCGCCGUCGUCGCCUGCUUCCGUGCCUACACUUCCGCCCGCUCCGACACCGCCGCCGCCGCCGCGUCCGAUUCGACUCCUCGCGAGUCCGGCCUCCACGCCGGCUUGGCCCCCUCCACCCGUCCGCUCUGGCGCAGACUGUUCGGCCACUUCAAGUGGUUCCUCGCUCUCCAAUUCUUCUGGGCAACCCUCGAAGCCGGCCUCAACCUCGUGCCUCCCUUCUUCCUCCAGAAGAUCCUCGGCUUCAUCGCCGCCAGGGGCGAGCUGCGCCGCAACGGCAACAUGGAAGAUGCACAGCCGCUCCACCUCGGCAUCCUCUACGCACUCGGAAUGCUCGUCGGCCAGAUCUUCUCCUCCAUCUCGUCGUCGCGCGCCCUCUUCAUCGGUAGACGCAUCUGCAUCCGUCUGCGUGCCAUCCUCAUCACCGAGAUCGUCACCAAGACGCUCCGUCGCAAGGACAUCGGCAGCACAGGUGACAAGGAAGUUGCCCAGGACAAAAUCGCUGAUCAAGACGAUGCCGACUCGACGGAAGCUGCCAAGAAGAAAGCUGCCGAUGACAAGGGAACCUCCACCGGCCGUGCAACCGACGGACAGGUCGUCAACCUCAUCUCCGUCGACGUCUUCAAGGUGUCCGAAAUCUGCGCCUACCUCCACUUCCUCGCCCCACGCGCUCCUCUCGUCAUCGGCCUCUGCCUCAUCUAUCUCAUCGCCCUGCUCGGCUGGUCGGCCGUGAUUGGAUUCAUGGUCCUGCUCGCCUCCUUGCCCAUCCAGACCCUCGUCUCGCGUUGGUUCGUCAAGCUCCAGAAGCGCCUGCUCGAAACCACCGACAAGCGUCUCAAUCUCGCCACCGAGGUGCUCGGCUGCAUCAAGACCGUCAAGUUCUUCGCCUGGGAGCGCUCCUUCAACGCACGCAUGGACGAGGCUCGUCAGCGCGAGCUUCACGUCCUCGGCCUUCGCUACCUCGCCUGGCUCUGCAACACCUUCACCUACAUGGGCACUCCCAUGCUCGUCACCUGCGCCACCUUCGGCGCCCACACCAAGCUCUUCCACCAGCCUCUCACCGCCGAAAAGGCCUUUACAGCGCUGGCCCUCUUCAACACGCUGCGCAACCCGCUCGAUGCGCUGCCGGACAUGAUCGUUCAGAUCCUCAACUCGCUCGUCUCGGUGCGUCGUAUCGACACCUACCUGCGCGAGGAGGAGACGCAAAAGUACCAGCAGCUCCUGCGCGACGAAGACUCGAGCGACUGGGGCGACACAAACGCAAACGGCCGUGACAGUUCGCCCACCGCGGGCUCUUCCGCUCACGGCUCCGAACAACGCAUCGGCUUCGAAGAUGCCAGCUUCACCUACGCAGACGACGACAGCGCUGUCGACGAGGGAGCCUUCUGCCUCCGCGACAUCAACCUGCGCUUCCCCGUCGGAAAGCUCAGCAUCGUCGCCGGCCCCGUCGGCUCGGGCAAGACCACGCUGCUCAUGUCGCUGCUCGGUGAGACACGCCAGCUGGCUGGCCGCACCUUCAUGCCCUGCCCAGUGGCGCGUGCGACGGCGCCCAUCGACCCCACCACGGGCCUCAGCGAGUCCGUGGCGUACUGCAGUCAGAGCCCCUGGCUGCUCGGAACCACGCUCAAGGAAAACAUCCUCUUCGGCUCGCCCUACAACGAGCGCCGCUACCGCGCCGUGAUCAAGGCCUGCGCCCUCGAGCCCGAUCUCAAGAUCCUCGAGUACGGCGACGAGACCGAGGUCGGUGAGAAGGGUACCUCGCUCUCUGGUGGUCAGAAGGCGCGUAUCGCGCUAGCUCGUGCCUUCUACUCGUCGGCCAAGCAUGUGCUCAUCGAUGAUGCUCUCUCCGCCGUCGACAGCCAUACCGCCAAGCAUCUGUACCGCCAUGCGCUCAAGGGCGCGCUUGCCAAGGACCGCACCAUCAUUCUCGUGACGCACGCCAUCAGCCUGUGUCUGCCGGGAGCCGCAUUCGCGGUCGCCAUGGACGACGGCAGCAUCGUCGUCGCGGGCACCCCUGACGUCGUCAACGCCACCGGCGUCUUCUCCGAGGAGGGCGAAGCGCUGCAGUCGCGUCUCAAGGAGCUCUCGGCGAACGAGGGAGACCACGAGGAGAUGACGAUCGAGGAGCUCGCAGCCGGUGGCUCCGACGAGGCCGAGCGUCAAGAGAUGGCCAAGAAGCUCGAGAAGAAGAAGGCGCACGCCAACGAAGAGACGUACAGCUCGGGCGCCGUCGGCACCAAGAACUACGGUCUCUACCUCGGGUCCGUGGCGACCAAGGCGCGCUAUGCGGUGCUGCUGUGGGGCUCGCUCUUGAUCUUCUUCCUGACGGUGCGUCUGCUGGACAUCAGCUCGGGUGCAUGGCUGAUGCGAUGGGCCGGCUCGCACGACUACCGUGAGGAAAAGACGGGCUUCAGCGUGGCAAGCGCCGCGACGCCUUCGGAGCAGAAGCCCUUGCUCACGUACAAUCAAGUGCAGACGUUCAUGACGACGCCGCUCAUCGACACAAUCUGGUCAAGUCGCCCCGACUGGCUCAACGGCGCACGCUUCAACGGCUUUCUCGGACAGAUGCCCGACCUCUUCACCACAAAGCAUGCUGACUUCGCGCACGCCGCCAACUUUUCGGGCUACACGGCGUCCGAGUCCUGGACUUCGACGGGCGGGCAGCACGUGUUCUCGAUGCAGAAGCGAAGCAGCGGGCGUGGCGAUGAUGGUGCCAACGGCCGGGAUCUGGACACGUACUACCUGAGCGUGUACCUGGCCAUCUCGCUGGGCUUCAUGACCAUGGCGGUGCUCCGCGACGGCUACGAGUUCUUCAUCUCGCUACGAGCGUCGAGGCGCAUCUACCGCCGACUGACGGAUGCCAUCCUGAACGCACGACCGCAGUUCUUCGACCGCACGCCGGUGGGCCGCAUCAUGAACCGCCUGUCCAAGGAUGUGGAGACGGUGGAUCAGGAGAUGGCGGUGUGCAUGCUGUUCCUGCUCGAGUGCACGCUGACGGCGACGGCGAUCCUGAUCCUGAUCUGCUGGGCGACGCCCAUCUUCCUGGUGGUGGCGCUGAUCGUGGUGUGCGUGUACUCUGUGAUCGGAGCGCUGUACCUGGUCAGCUCGCGCGAUCUGAAGCGCAUCGAGUCGGUGGAGCGAUCCCCGAUCUACACGGUGGUGGGCGAGGUGCUCAACGGAUGCGUUAUCAUCCGCGCCUACGGCGAUGCUGGACGCUUCACGCGCCACUGCCUGCGACUGGUGGACAAGGCGAACCGGGCGUUCUUCUUCCUGUGGUACGAAAACAGGUGGCUGUCGGUGCGCGUCGACAUUGCGGGCGCUUCGGUGGCGUUCCUGUCUGCGAUCUUCCUGCUGCUGCGACCGGAGAUCGAGGCGAGUCUGGCGGGCUUUGUGCUGGCGUACGCGAUCACGUUUGUGGAGUCGGUGCUGUGGAUUGUGCGCAUGUACACGCAGACGGAGAUCAACAUGAACAGCGUGGAGCGCAUCAGCGAGUAUCUGGAGCUGGAGCCGGAGCGACAGACGGGCACGGAGCCGCCGGCGUACUGGCCGAGCAGCGAGGGCAAGAUUGUCAUCAAGAAUCUGGCGGUGCGCUACACGCCCGAGUUCCCGCGCGUGCUGGACGGCAUCGACCUGGAGUUCCAGCCGCGCGAGAAGGUGGGCAUCGUGGGGCGCACGGGAUCGGGCAAGUCGACGCUGGCGCUGUGCUUCUUCCGAUUCUUGGAAGCGGAGCAGGGAUCGAUCGAGAUCGACGGCAUCGACAUUGCGUCGAUUCCGAUCCGCACGCUGCGCGAGAGGCUCACGGUGAUUCCGCAGGACGCGCAGCUGUUCAGCGGCACGGUGCGAUCCAACCUGGAUCCGUUUGGCGUGUACGAGGACGGCGAGCUGUGGACGGCGCUGGAGCGAUGCCGUCUCGCAUCGUUUGCCACGCCGGCGGCGUCGCGCGCGGUGAGCCGUGCGCCGAGUCGACCGGGGUCGCCUGGGCCCGAGGGCGAGGAGGAGGGCGCGGAUGCGGAGAUGUACGGGCGCACGAACAUCAUCACGUCGCUCGACGCGGUGGUGGAGCAGGGCGGACGCAACUUUAGUGCGGGGCAGAAGCAGCUGCUGGCGCUGGCGCGUGGCCUGCUCAAGCUGCGCGACAGCCGCAUCCUCGUGCUGGACGAGAGCACGGCCAACUUGGACUCGGCGUCGGACGCGCAGAUUCAAAAGACGAUCCGACAGGAGAUGGCGCCGCAAGCGACGAUCAUCACGAUUGCGCACCGGAUCAAGACGAUUGCCGACUACGACAAGAUUGUGGUGCUGGGCAAAGGCAAGGUGGUCGAGUGCGGAUCGCCGCUGUCGCUCAUGACGGACGAGUCUAGCGUGUUCCACUCGAUGUGCGAGCAGAGCGGCGAGAUGGGCGAGCUGCUGCGAAUCGCGCGCGAGGCCGAGGCGCAGCGUUCUCCGUCGGCAUCGACGAGCACGACGGCGGCCAACUCGGACCGAGGGUCCAAGUGA